CCUCGCUCCCCUCCGCCGGGGCGCGUCCCACAGGGCGGCUGCUGCUGAGCCAGGCUCCGCGGGAGAGACGCGCAGAUGUCUGGCCGCCAGAGGUGUCCCUCCCUUCAGCGUCCCUGUACAAACUGGCCAGUUUCCUGAUGAGUUGCUAGGGGGCACUAUUAUGUGGAUGAAAGAGCUGCGGAGGAGGAGAGGCCUAAUAAUGAGUCUUGAGAGGAGCCAGUCCAGACUUGACUCUAUUCACUUGCCUGUCUCCGGAACCCCACACAUCCUCCAACCCUGUCUGCCCAACGUGCCACUCCUCCACCCGCUUCUUGGUCCCACCCUGCUCCUGAGGCUAAGAAGUUGCUGAGGACAGGGAGGCACUGGCAUAGUGUCAGCAUCGCAUCUGAGCAGAGAAGCAGGAGGGAAGUGGCUGAUAGCUCAGGUGUUCUUGAAAAAAGUGUGCAUGCUUUGAGGGUGGAAAAGGACAUGAGGAAUAAAAGGACCUGGGAACCCAGUGAUCAGAAUGAAACAGACGUUGAAAGAUUUUUCAAAUCUAUUGUUAGUUGUGCUCUGUGAUUAUGUAAAUUUUCAAGCUCAAGCAAGAAAAUUAAACCAUGAAUUGCCCAACCUUCGUGUACAGCCUUGAAAAGUUUGGAGUCCUGAUUUAAUCUGCUUCUGUGGAUGUGGUGUGGUAACAAGCUUCACACUGGCCAAAAAGAUGAAGACCAGUACUUUGUCAGUGGUAAUGUGACAGCAAAGAAUGUAUCCAUCCUACUGCUGGAUGCCAGCACCAACCAGACCAUUGCGAAAAAACAGCUUCCACCAAGCCAGUCACGGGGGAUAAUAGGGUUUGAAUGUUUCUAUUUCAAGAGUGCUGGGGACUAUUGGUUCAGAAUGAUCUCUGAGAUUGAUAAUGGCACUGAAAUUCACUGGAGGGGUGAGAGCACCCUCCUAAGUGUGGAAUGGCCUGUAUUUCACAUUGACUUGAACAGGACCUCUGAGGUGCUCAGGAGUUCCCUUCAGGUUGGACUUUUCACUAAUAAACAAUUGUGUGCUAUGAAUGAGACUGUGGUUUCACUGGACGUGAUAUUCACCAACAGCCUGUAUGAACUAGGAAGAUUAAGCUCUGAUGAGGCAUUGGGAAUGCGAACUAGCAAAAGAAUCUUUCUCUCUAGAUCCCAGUGGGUGGAGUUUGACUGUCCACCUAUUGACCAAGAAGUGUAUGUCACUGUGUUACUGAAAUCAUUAGAAACCAACUCAGUCAUCGCCUCAACAGGGCCCAUGGACCUCAUCCACAAAUUUGGAUACAAACUAGUGGUAGCACCAGAAGUGAUGUGCAAGUCAUCCAUUCUGGUGUUUACUGUCUCCCCUCCAUGCAUUGCCAUCAGUGGGAAGGUUGCUGUGUACAAGGAAGCUCUCAGACAUCCUGGUGAAAGAACGACAUGGCUAGAUGAAAACUUCCUACACCCAGGGAGCAACAGAACAGAAUUUAACUGCACUUUGUUUGACGUGGGGAAAAAUAAAUAUUGCUUUGAAUUUUUUGACAUUUCAAGCCAAAGCCAAUCACCGCCAAGAGUUAAGGAAUGUAUGGUGAUCCGAAGGAAUAUAGAAACAUGGAGUCUGUGGCAGCCCUGGAGUCCUUGCAGUGUGACCUGUGGGGAUGGUAUCCGUGAGCGACACAGAGAAUGUCUCACAUCACUGCCAGCAAAACCAGGCUGUGUUGGGAUACGAAAAGAGACUUCGCUGUGCUCUCUAGAGGAAUGUUCUAUUAUAAAGCCUACCACCCCUCCUUCUGUACAGCACCAAGAAGACCAGAAAACUAAUAAUAUAGUCACCAUCACUGGCAUCUCCUUGUGCUUGUUCAUAAUCCUAGCCACUGUUCUCAUCAGCCUGUGGAGGAAGCUCUGCAGAGCUCAGAAGUGCAGCACCUCGGUGCGCUGUAACUCUGCCCAUUCGCCCAGCUUCCACAAGAACUCCGAUGAAGAGAACAUCUGUCAAGCCGGCACACAGCAGGAGAGCUUUUCCGAGGGUAGCGAAGUGCCUCAAGCGCAUGCCGGAGAGCCUGUUAACAUACCUUUGACCUGCCGGAGGAGCCUUCAGUUUGCUCAAGAAGAGGACACCUCUGUCAGUGACAGUUUUCAGUCAAAUGCUCAAAAAAUAAUCCCUCCAAUUUUCAGCUAUCGCCUUGCGCAGCAGCAGCUGAAAGAGAUGAAGAAGAAAGGCCUGACUGAAACCACAAAGGUGUAUCACGUAUCUCAGACGCCUCUGACUGACACCAUUAUUGAUGCCACGACCGUGCUUCCCCUGGGCACAGAAAACCAGGAGGAGGCUGCUGCACACAAAUUCAGGAUCAAAUCUCCAUUUCUGGAUCAGCCAGUCAGUCAUCUCAAAUUCUCUAGGGAAAAAUCUAAUUCUAAGAUGGACUCUGUACUGUCACAGGCCAAUCCUGUAAUAAGUCCUAGUCAGACCCUCAUUAGACGAGCUCACCUGAAAAACCAAGAUAACAAAGGGGAGCCGUUAGAGAGAGGUUGUCACAGAAACCAACAGUUCAGAAGAACAGCCAGUUUCCAUGAAACUAAAAAGGUCAGGCCCUAUAGAGAACGUAGCAUGUCCACUCUUACCUCACGGCAGAUUCCUCUUUAUAGUGCCAGGACCAGAACGUGGGGUCAGGCACUGGAAGACAAGUCCCAGCCGACUUGUAAAGAUGCUGAUCCAAGUUCUGAAAAGUUCAACCAGUCUCAUUGCACUCUGUUAACUGGUGAACCCCUGAGCUAUGGCACAAAACACCGCCACAAAGGGGGCCCUCCAGUGAGGAGGCCGGAAAUGAUCAGUGACCAUCAGCAUGCAAGCCAAGUAGCAGGAGCUGACAAACCAGAGCCAAACAGAAACAGGAGGGGCUCUUCACCAAACCAUCGAGGGGCUUUGAGGAAAGAACCCAUCUCAACUCUGAAAGAUAAUUACCAGCAAGGCAGUGCUCUAAGCUCUGUCCAGUACAGAAAGGACAAAUGCCAGAGCUUCCCCACAGACCCUGAAUUUGCCUUUUACGAUAAUAAUUCUUUUGGCUUAACAGAAUCAGAGCAAUGGAUGAUUGACCUGCCUGGAUAUUUUGGUUCAAAUGAAGAUGAUGAAACAAGUACUUUAAGUGUUGAGAAACUGGUGAUCUGAAUGACUCAUUGCAACACUGUAGGGUGGGGGUGUGAGAGAAGAGCUGCAAAACCUGUGGUUUAUAAUAAAAGCAAUAAUGGAAACCAGGUUCCAGCUGUUUGCAGCAGGAGGGAAAUCCUAUGGCCUGACUUGUGAGCAUGCAUUUUUUUUUAAUUAAUAGAAAGGGCUUUGAUGUAAUUGUUUUGUCUAAUACGCAUACAUACCCUGGGAAAGCAAAUGGAAAUGAUAUUGUGACACAGAGAAAAUCAGACAGAUUUUAUUCUAUAGAGCACUGAAAAGAGCAGUGCUCAAUUAAUAAUUUAUACUGAAUCAUGAAUCCAGUCAAUUUAGCCUCUUUUUCUUCUUGUGGACCAUCCACUAGCAGAGCACAAUAUCCUGUAACAUCUGUUCAACACUGUUUAAUUAAUUGUUUCAGUUUUUUUAACCUAGGUUGUGAACAGUUUUCAGCAUAUCUUUAAAAUUCACUAUUUGUCAUGGGGUUCUGCGCAUCCAUUGAGUUCCCCGCUUGCUCAGUGUUGAUACACUCCACCAUACAGUCAUCAGGACUCUCAGCUGGGCCAAACAAACACAAUCAGGGACUCUGGCCCACAGGGAGGGGCUGAACAGACGAACUGUUUAUAGCGCCUGAGCUUCCUGGCUGGGGCAAACAAUCACAAACAAGGCUUCGGCCCCUUGGGUGGGGCAGAGUAACCAGUCUAUAGCUGGGGUCUCCAGCGGUAAUAGCCACCUGCCAGUGCUGAGCCCACCCUGCUCUACCAGGUUCCGACCCAGGGCCCUGUGGAGCCUAUAAUCGUCCUCUUUAGGAGUCAAGUAUAAGCUUCCAGUAUAUUCCCUUAGUCACUUCCUACAUCUAAGUCCACUUUGGGCUUGUCCUCCCGGGCAGAGGCUUGGCAUCUCCAUCGGCCUUCAUAGAUGGGGAUCCCUCAUCAUGUAGUCAGGGAGACUCACUUCUGUAAUCUGGAAGGCUGGUGGUACCUCAGCGGGAGCUGGCAACCCAUGUCCGUCUUCCUCCUCCGCCAGCCAGGGCUGGAGUGAGCUGUUCCCUUUUAUCUGCUCCCUCCAACUGGAGCAUGUGCAGCAGAGGUGAGAGGGCCUGGCCUCUUGUGCCAAAAGUGACUGGUUAACCCCUGCUUGCCCAGUGCAGCAUUGACACACCCCAUCACAUUAUUGAACUGUGUUAAUUGUUUGUAACUGGUCAGAUAAGUCAUGUGGUGCUUUUCCUGUUUCCUGAUUAGAUGAGGAGAGCAUGAACAAUUCUGGAGUGAAUAUUUGUUUACAAUUUGUUUUUUGUUAUUCGUCACAUACAAGACUUCAAAAUUUGAUUUCUGAUACUAUUGGUGCCAGAAAAGCUUGAGAUUGCACAAUUGUGUGGAAAAGAACAGAAAAGCACUGUAGAAAAUGAACAGAUGAGGUCUGCUAGUGUGGUCAAGGAAAAUUCAUUAACAAAUUUGAGUACUGCUAAAACUGUUAUUGCAGUAUUCUACCAACCUAUAGAAGCCAGUGAAAGACCUCUUACCUUCUCUCCUUCAUUGUAAUGCUCUUUCCCUUUAUCAAAUGUUGUAUUUUUAUUUUUGCUUAAACAAGUUGACAGCAAGAUACAGCAAGAUACAAAUAAAUUAUGAACAAAACCAGUGGAACAAAAUGCCUAUUUAAUUAAGAUAUACUUUGCAAACAAAAGGAAAAAGGAAAUGAACUCUUCCAUGUCUCUUGAUUCCUGGAGAACCUUCUCCAUAGGCACGUUUCUUUCACCAGAGGAUAUUAAACAAAUGGAAUUGGACACUGCUGCACUUGUUCAACGCUUUUAGCAAAGUCACUGCACACAAAGGAGAUGCAAAGAGUGGCAGGCAGGCCAGUUUGCCUCAGGUUCUUUACUCCAGCCAUUUAUUGGAAUAACUGACUCUUCAGAGGUAUAGAGAAAACAGGUGGAAGGAAUACAUUAAUGGAGGAAACAAAGAAAAUAAAAGAAGCCUCAGAUGGGGACUGAGAAGGGAGGGUUUGGGGUAGAGGAGAGAAACUACCCCGUCCUCAUAGUGCCAGGCUUCCCUUUCACAGCUCCUCCCCUGGUAACCAGUAAUCCACAUUCCAGUGAAAAGCUAAAUUUGGAAAUGCUCAAUAUUCCAAAUACAGGCUCAGAUCCUGCAAUUUACAAUGUGCAGGCAGAUCCUACACCUUCAUAGAGCCCCACUGGUGUUAGUUAUGGGAGAUUUGAUCAUUAGAAACGUAGAUAGCUGGGUUUGUGAUGACCGGGAGAAUCGUAUGGUGACUUGCCUGCCUGGUGCAAAGGUUGCGGAUCUCUCGAGGCAUCUGGACAGACUUAUGUGUAGUGCUGGGGAGGAGCUCGUGGUUGUGGUACAUGUAGGUGCCAAUGACAUAGGGAAGGGUAGGAGAGAUGUCCUGGAGGCCAAAUUUAGGCUGCUGGGGAAGAGACUGAAAUCCAGGACCUCCAUGGUGGCAUUCUCAGAAAUGCUCCCAUUUCCAUGCGCAGGGCCAGGUAGGCAGGCAGAGCUUCAGAGUCUCAAUGCAUGGAUGAGACGAUGGUGUAGAGAGGAGGAAUUUAGAUUUAUUAGGAACUGGGGAAACUUUUGGGAUAGGCGGAGCCUAUACAGGAGGGAUAGGCUCCAUCUAAACCAAAGUAGAACCAAAUUGCUGGCACUUAACAUUAAAAAGGUUGCAGAGCAGUUUUUAAA